GCUCUAUGGUUUUCUUUGACAGGUGAUAAAGAUGCUGGUGAUCGUGGUGACGAUAUUCGGGGUGUGCUGGCUCCCUCUUCAUGUGUUUACAUUGGUCCGUGACUUUCAACCCUCCACCCACCACGACAGACUUGAACUAGGAAUAUACCUGGGAGUCCAUUGGCUUGCCAUGUCCAACAGUUUUGCCAAUCCCAUUAUCUACAGCUUUACAAACGACAGUUUUAGAGCUGACCUUUUGACCUUGUUUUAUAUGUGGUGUCCUUGUUGUUCCUGUCUUAGAGUGAUGAUAAACAGGACGUAUAGUGUAACAACCAAGGAGAGCUUCCUAAUCCGCCAUCAGAGCAAACCGAAGAAGACUUCCUCUGGAAAGUUACAGAAGAGGUUACUAAUUGUAGAACAAAAGCCAGGCUGUACCGGAAGUCGAAAUAAAACGUGUGAGGAGGAGCAGCUGGACCUUGUCUGUAAACUGUUUGUCGACAGUGUCUCAGAACUUGGCACUGCGCAAGUCUCGUCAAACCCGUGAUUUCUUAUGCUUUGUAUGUGUGUUACAUAAACUGUGUAUAUGCAUUAAAUAAUCAAAUACUCCUGAAAUAAAAAUUGUUCUUCAAUAUUUUCCACAUGCUAAGGAAUGCAAUAAUACAUAAAAUUAACUCAAUAUGUAAACCUUAAUACAUUGUACUUGUUUUUUUUAAGUCUAAAAAAAUUUAUUAGUGUUCAGACCUUCCUUAAAAUCAUUGUAAUGUGUAAAAUAAUUUUACAAAAAUGCACAUGAAAGCUGAAAACAUUAAU